AUGGCUGCUCCACACACUCCUCUUCCUGUUUCUGAACUUUUGAGAAAACUCAACGACAGCGACUUCCAACUCUUCCUCGUCAUCGAUAAAGGGCCCGCCGAAGACCUGCAUAAAUUCCAGAACGAAUGGCAUAAUCUCCUCAGUGAUGCAUUUACCAUGAUGAACGAUAAAGUGGCGGAGUAUGUCCAUUGCGCGGCGUUCCAAUUGGCAGUGGAUAUGAAGGAAAUUCGGUCCUACAUGCCUGUGAGCCGUCACGCUCCGAUUUUGGACCAGAUGGUGGCGCAUUGCUUUGAGGUCAUGCGUACCUGUCACACCCACUUUCCCCGCACCCUGAGCAUGAUGGACGAGGACAGCGCCGACGAAAUAACCCGACGCGUACGCAACCAGCUCGCCAAGGCAUACUUAUAUAACCACAAGGUCAAGUACGAUAACCCGUCGGUUGAUGCCUCGUCCAAGGUUGAAUGGGAUACCCGACCUAGCCCAGAGGACAUCCGCUUCUUCGCCUGCAACGAGGCCUAUGACCUUUGUGUCGCGUGCCGCAUUGGCAUAAGUGAAAUGCAGAAGGCUAUCAACCACGCCGCUCUGGAGAUCAUGAAGAUUGCGAAGACGAGGACGUACAAUCAAUUCCGGUACUAG